AUGAGAUCGAGAACCACGGGAACUUGCUUCCUGGCUCUCCAGUUCGUGCUAUCCUUCACUCUCAAUAUUGCCAGCGUCAGUCCUCUGUCCUUCAAGCUGAAUUUCACCGAAUCCAACUAUAGUGCGUCCACCGCAAUCCAGUUCCAGGAGGACGCCUUCUACAACAAGGGGAUCAAGCUCACCAAGGACGAGCUGAAAGGUCAGAUCACUAACAGUGUAGGCCGAGCAGUCUACACCAAUCCAGUGCUUCUCUGGGAUACCACCACUGGUCAGUUAGCCGACUUCUCAACCCACUUCACCUUCAGGAUAACUGCCACAAACUUGAGCGCAACCCACGAUCCAUACGGUGAGGGCCUAGCCUUCUUCCUCUCACCGUACCCUUCGGUGGUUCCCAAUAGCUCCACUGGUGGUUUUCUUGGCCUCUUCAGCAAUGGGAGUGAUCACAAUGACCCAUCCAAUGAGCUCGUGGCUGUUGAGUUCGACAGCCACAAUGACACAUGGGACCCAAAAGGAGACCAUGUGGGCAUCGACAUCCAUUCAAUUGUAUCCGCAACCAAUGUGUUGUGGAAUAGUAGCAUUAAUGAUGGUCGCAUAGCCAAUGCGUGGGUAAGUUACCAGGCCAGCUCCUUGAACUUGAGCGUCUUCUUGACGUACCUGGAGGAUCCACAAUUCAGUGGCAACUCCACCUUCUCUUAUUCAGUUGAUCUCAGAAAAUACCUCCCAGGCAAAGUGGCCAUUGGCUUCUCAGCAGCCACGGGUAGAUUUGUUGAGCUCCAUGAGAUACUUUACUGGGAAUUCAAUUCUACGGAUUUGCAGCUGAUGAAGACUGAGAAGAUGAGAAGUGUACUGGUCAUAAGCUUGGCUACUAUAACAAGUGUCGUGGUCUGUUCUAUGUGCUUGGUUUGGUGCCUUCUUCAUUUUAGGACUAGGAGAUCAAGAAAUGAGAAACAAAAGAAGCUAGGAUACCAUGAGUCCAUUGAUGGUGAAUUUGAAAAAGGGAGUGGCCCAAGAAGAUUUCGGUACAAUGAACUUGUGGCCGCCACAAGGAACUUUGCUUUGGAGAGGAAGCUUGGAGAAGGAGGAUUCGGCGCAGUCUACCAGGGCCUUUUGAAGGAUCAAAACCUCGAUGUUGCCAUAAAGCGAGUGGCAAAAGGGUCUACACAGGGAAGGAAGGAGUACAUAUCUGAGGUCAAGAUCAUCAGCCGGCUGAGGCAUCGCAACCUCGUGCAGCUUGAGGGCUGGUGUCAUGAGCACGGAGAGUUCUUGCUUGUCUAUGAGUUCAUGCCAAACAGGAGCUUGGACACACACCUCUAUGAUAACAGUAACUUGCUAACAUGGCCAUUGAGGUUCAAGGUCACCGCAGGUGUUGCAUCCGCCCUCCUGUACCUCCACGAGGAAUGGGAGCAAUGUGUCAUUCACCGUGAUAUCAAACCGAGCAAUGUCAUGCUUGAUUCUGCAUUCAAUGCCAAGCUUGGUGAUUUUGGGCUCGCGCGGCUCAUUGACCACGACCGAGCCUCGCAAACUACAGUGUUAGCUGGGACAAUGGGUUACAUGGCUCCAGAGUGUGUCACCACUGGCAAGGCAAGCAAAGAAUCUGAUGUCUACAGCUUCGGGAUUCUUGCAUUGGAGAUUGCAUGCGGAAGGCGACCAGUUGUGCUAAAGGAAGACGAUGACAAGAUCGUAUUGGUUCAGUGGGUAUGGGAUCUCUAUGGAAGAAACAAGAUUCUUAAUGCAGUUGACAGCAGGCUUGAUGGCGCAUUUGAAGAUAGAGAGGCAGCAUGCUUGAUGGUUGUCGGACUCUGGUGUGCACAUCCAGAUUACAAUCUCCGACCUUCAAUUCGUCAGGUCAUAAGUGUACUGAAGUUUGAAGCACCAUUGCCAAACCUUCCCCCAAAGAUGCCAGUGGCCAUGUACUUUGCACCGCCAAUUUCUCUGUGCAGGUUUUCAUACACCUCAUCUGAUGGGACACUCAAGCAGCAGGGGCUGGAGAGGUCCAAUGGUUAUGGAAAAACAAGCUCAUCCACUGCAACCAAUGCAUCCAGUUCACCUCCUUCUGUGCGGCUGCCAGAGGUGGGCUACUAA